AUGUCAGACAAAGCAAAAUCUCACUUCGAGGACACCCCCAAUGCCGAAGGAUACUAUGGUCUAUUUGGCGGUAAUCAUUAUCCGGAAGAGCUUCGAUCUGCACUGGAAGAAUUAACAGCCAGUUAUCAAGAGCUCCGUCAGUCGCCAGAAUUCCAGAGUACUCUAAAGAAGGCCCAGAUUGGAUUUCAAGGACGACCGACCCCAAUUCAUUACCUUGAAAACAUCUCGAAGCAAGUCGGAGGCGCUCAAAUAUUCGUCAAAAGGGAGGAUUUGAACCACACAGGUGCACACAAAAUUAACCACUGUGUUGGCUUCGGAUUACUCGCCAAACGAAUGGGAAAGACAAAGUUGAUCGCUGAGACUGGUGCCGGUCAACAUGGCCUCGCACUAGCAUCUGCAGCUGCAUACUUUGGUCUCGAAUGCGAAGUUCACAUGGGAGAAGUGGAUAUCAGCAAGCAGAGCUCUAAUGUGGGGAAGAUGCAGCUCCUCGGUGCGCGCGUGGUGCCAGUGAAAACUGGCCAGUCUGCUCUGAAAGAUGCUAGUGAUUCUGCAUUUAAUGCAUAUUUUGAACAGCAUGAACAUGCGCUUUAUGCCAUUGGCUCGGCUAUUGGCCCGCAUCCUUUCCCGAUGAUUGUUCGAGAUUUUCAGGGUGUUGUUGGUAGAGAGGCGCGUGAGCAGUUUACUUCCCUUACAAAUGGAAGUUUGCCUGAGCAUGUGGUUGCGUGUGUUGCUGGUGGUUCUAAUGCGAUGGGUAUCUAUACGGGCUUCAUUGAUGAUCCGGAGGUUGUUUUACAUGCUGUGGAGCCUUUGGGUAUAUCCGAGGAGCUGGGAAAUCAUGCGGCAACGUUAUCGUAUGGACGGCCUGGUACAUUGCAUGGUGCUGAGUCGAUUGUGAUUCAGAAUAAUGAUGGUACGCCUGCUAGUGUUUCUUCUAUAGCGUCGGGACUUGCGUAUCCGGGUGUUGGGCCGGAAAUUGCGAUGCUGUAUGAAGCUGGGCGGUUGUCAAUUGGAAGAAGCUUGGAUAAGGAAGUUGUCGAUACAUUUUUUCGUAUGGCGAAGUUUGAGGGGAUUAUUCCUGCGUUGGAGAGUGCGCAUGCCUUGGCGUUUGCGAUUCGGUUGGCGGCGGAGCGUCCUUCAUCUGAACGAAUACUUGUUAAUCUCUCGGGGCGUGGUGAUAAGGAUGUUGAUUAUGUGCUUGAGAACUAUAAGCCGGCUGAAUUUGUUUGUUGA